UCUUAUCCAACACAUUGCGCAGACAGAAAGACAUCAGUUCCAUGGACUCAUCAAAGAAUGGUGACGCGACGCCACUUUCUAGGUUCGAAUCAAAGGUGAGAGCCAAAGCGAAAGCGGUUGCUGGAGUGGCACCUCCUCCGGUGGCUGCCGCCAGAGCAGGAAGAGGAGGAUGGAAGAAAGGCGUCGCAGUGUUCGACUUCCUUCUCAGGCUAGUGGCCACCGGCACCACUUUAGCUGCCGCGACGACCAUGGGAACCACCGAUCAAACACUCCCAUUCUUCACGCAGUUCUUCCAGUUCCAGGCCAGCUACGACGAUCUCCCGGCAUUCACAUUUUUCGUGAUCGCGAAUGCCGGGCCGAGCGCAUACCUCGUCCUCUCCUUGCCCUUCUCUAUCGUGUGCAUCGUCCGGCCCCAGGCCGUCGGUCCAAGGCUCCUCCUCCUCAUCUUCGACACUAUAUUCGUGGCGCUCACGAUGGCAGCAGCCUCGUUGGCAGCGGCCAUCAUCUACUUGGCUCAGAACGCGAACUGGCUCGCCAUUUGCCGGCAAUUCAACGAUUUCUGCCAGGAAGUCAGCGGCGCCGUCGUGGCUUCCUUCGUCGCGGCCUUGAUCUUCAUAUUCCUGGUGGUUUUGUCCACCAUCUCUCUCAAAAGGUUAUGA